CCAGAUUUCAAGCUCCUCUGCCAGUCGCAUAAUGAACGAAGGCCUUGGUCAAGCAAGUUGCCAAAAAUGCCAAACAAAUUCAAGGCGUGUCUAGUCUUGGGAUACUGACCAAUACAUAUAAAAGAACCCCGAUCGAAGCCCAUCUUCCUUUUCUUCCCACUCAUCCUUUCUAUCCAAUCCAUUUCAUCACAAACCAGCCACAACCUCUCGAUUCCACUCACCAUGAAGACCUUCACCAUCCUUUUCGCCUUGGUUCUCGCCGCUACCAACAUGGUCGUCGCUCAAUCGACAGACUGCAACAACGUAACUUGCACUGACUGGUGCAGCCCUGUGAGUGCCCAAUUCUCGUCCUCAUCUUUCUUUGCUUUUGAGAUAUGGGACUGACAUAGUACUUUCCUACUCUAGAAUGUUAUAGUCUCGGGAGAAUGCACCCGACAAAGAGGUCUCUCUGAUGCUGCCUGUAGAUGCAAGACAAAUUAAACGUAAUUGGAAUGGACAUGGAAGAAUUGAGUUACGUGUAG